AUGGAAUUAAAGCAAAUACCCAUGACGUAUUCGUUCAAUAAAGAAACAUCAAAUAAACUAAUUGAUAUUUUAGCUGAACAAAAUGUGAACUUACCUACGGACGUCGAUGUGAAUCAGAUAGAGAAUCUACGCUGUAUAGUCUUGACACGACGAUUAAAUCAAAUACCAUUUGACUUCAUCAAAAUAGAUCAUAUGUGGUUUGUAAAGCAAGUUUUGGUUCAAGAGUUGAGUAUUUCGUUGAAACAAGGUGACCGUCUGCUUGUGAUUCAUAAAACAACGAUCGUGAAUGACUUAAAUGAAAUCGAUAUUUCCAAAUUGAUACUGUAUUCACCUGUGCCAUUCCUAAUUUGGGUCAUUUGGGAUGCCGAUACCUAUGUCCAGCAUAAAAUAAAAUUACAGCAGAAUCGAUGUCAAGAAACUUAUCUCCAUGCGAAAGCUCACCUUCUCAAAACGAAACAUCAUGGAGAGAUCAGUUUAUACGAUCAUCUCGCGUACAUUAUUGCUGAUGCUAUUGAAAACCCACAUGUCCGUAUAAAUGAUCUGUUAGAAAAGCUAAAUUAUCCCACACUACGAUCGGAUUUACGACCGCCAAAGGUUGAUAUCGAUGUAACCGUCCAAAAACUGCAUGCUCAAUUACUCCAGGGAACGGAACAGUAUUUACUCAAAUCUCAAGAUUUUGUAAGUACUGCUGUGCCGUAUCUAAUGGAUAUAGGCAAUUACUGUACAAAUGCUGGUUAUGGUAUCCAUAUUACUGAAAUUAUUUUGAUUUGGUCAGCGAUGAAACGUCUAAAUGAUCAUAUUAACUGUACAGAAAUGAAAUUUUGGGGGAAGAUAUUCGGAUUACAUUGCGAUUAUUACAUUGUUCAGGUUCAACAUGAGAACGAAAUACCAUUUGAUGAAAUCAAUAUUUGCCAUCAAAGAAGAUUGCCAAAGAUAGAGAAGCAAACACGACCUUCCAAUAAGCCAAUAUUUCAUCAGACUGUCGUACAAAGAGAGUCUCUGGAAAUUCCAAGUGAACCACAUGGAGUUGGUGCUAAUCAAUACACUUAUUUCGCUACUAAUUCACCUGGACUGCCAUGGAUAAAACUGUCUGAUGUGAAACCAGCUAUGAUUGACCAUGCUCGAAAGAUUCGCUGGUUUUUCACUGGAUGUCUUUCAGCACCAGUAAAUGGUUUUCCACCGUUUGUUGGUCUGGAGAAAGAUUAUUUACGAGCACAAAUUGCACGUAUUACGGCAACGACGCAUAUCUCACCAGCUGGAUUCUUCAUUCUAGAACAAAGUGAAACGGAAGAAGAAGAAGAAGGAGGAGGAGGAGGAGAAGGAGACACUACGCUGAGUGAUCAGUAUAAAGAUCCAGAGAUUCUCGUAAAUGCUGAAUUCAAUGAUGAUCCAACAAAUCCAGUUACAGCUGAAUCAUUAGCUGAUACAAGUCUACAAGAAUGGGUUCAUUCUUUGCCUGAAAUCUUACCACAAGGCCGUACUCAAUUUUGGCGGCCGUCGUCUAUUGAAACGACGGUUCAAAGUCAAGGAGAAGAUGAAAGUAUUGAAGAAGAAAUCGUGAAUGAGAAUAAAUUUCAAACACGUGCUCCACUCCUGCGACCAAUUGGUGAAGAUAAACAUUUACACACUAACCAAACUUCAUGGUCAAUUGGUUUAACAAUGUCUGUCAUGCGAGAGUACAGUAUGUGCUAUGUAAGAUCAAAUAUCUGGCCAGGUGCCUUUACUCUUGGUGAUGCGAAAAAAUAUUUCAAUUUGUACAUUGGUUGGGGUCAUAAGUAUGAACAAUUCAAUCCCAGUCAACCUGCUCUGCCUCAAACUGAAGUAACACAAGUAUUCAUAGAAAAAAUGGAUCCAUCUGUCGAAGUGGAAAAAGCAUUCGAAGUUGCCAAACGUGCUGUAAUGUCAGAAUUGACAUCUGAAGAAAGCACCCAUGAAGAGCAAACAACUGAAGAGGAAAAUGAAUCAGAACAAGAAGACGAAGAGGAAGCAGAAGAUGACUAG